UGAAAAGGCAAAACCUGCCCUCAAAUGCGACCUGUGCCCAUUUACCACACAGAAGAAGUACAGAUACAACCUACACAUCACGACGCACAUGACCUUAGAAGAAUGCGCGAAAAACAACGCCCUGUUCAAAUGCGACAACUGCGCGUACCGCACGAAGAGAAAAUACUCUCUAAUAAGACAUUUCAAAGAGGUGCACAGACUAGCUUACGUUUGCGAAAAGUGCGGUUAUGAAACCAACUCGGCGCUAUCCUUCAAAUUACAUGUGCAGACGGAGCAUAACAACAACAUAAUUUCGUACACCUGUAAGGAAUGUCCAUACAUUGCUUUCACGAAAGUGAAACUUAACCAGCACGUCAAAACGCACGACCUUCACAACGUCUUGCUGAAGUGUAGCCAAUGCGAGUUCGAAACGAAAGAGGUGGCACGUCUGAACGAGCACAAGAUGUGCCAUAAACACAUGAAAGUGGGAAAAUUGUACAAGUGCGAGUUCUGUUCUUAUCAGGUGAAGAAAAAGUCCACCAUCGACCGCCACGUUUUGACACAUUUUACUAAAAAACAGCUGUCUGAUAAAUUGUACAAGUGUCACCAGUGCCAUUACAAGGCCAAGAGGAAGGAUAGUUUGGCGAUUCAUAUCCGGAAUCUACAUGCGGUGCAGCACGGAACAAGAAAAUAG